GUGAUCACUUGAAAGUUUGCCCUCAAGGCUACACCUGCUGCUCACAAGAAAUGGAGGAGAAAUACAGCCAGCAGAGCAAACACGAUUUCCGGAACGCCGUCUCUGAACUUAGCAAUAACUUGCAAACCACCUUUGGCUCCCGGUACAAAAAGUUUGACGAAUUCUUCAGAGAAUUACUCGAGAAUGCAGAGAAGUCCUUGAACGACAUGUUUGUAAAGACUUAUGGCCUUCUGUACAUGCAGAACUCAGAAAUGUUUACGGACCUCUUUGUGCAGUUGAAUCGCUACUACACCGGCGGCAACGUCAACUUGGAGGAAAUGCUGAACGACUUCUGGGCUCGCCUGCUGGAGCGCAUGUUCCGCCUGGUGAACCCCCAGUAUCACUUCUCGGACGAGUACCUGGAGUGCGUCAGCAAGUACACGGAGCAGCUCAAGCCGUUCGGAGACGUGCCGCGGAAGCUCAAGCUGCAGGUGACGCGGGCGUUCGUGGUGGCCCGCACUUUUGCACAAGGCCUGGCUGUGGCGAGGGAUGUCGUGGCCAGAGUUUCAGCGGUCAACCCCACACCGGAAGGGGCCCGGGCUUUGCUGAAGAUGAUGUACUGUCCACACUGCCGAGGCUUAGUGGCUGUCAAGCCGUGUUACAACUACUGUUUCAACGUCAUGAGAGGCUGCCUUGCCAACCAAGGAGAACUUGACACGGAGUGGAAUAACUUCAUAGACUCCAUGCUGAUGGUAGCUGAGAGGCUGGAGGGUCCUUUCAACAUAGAAUCCGUCAUGGAUCCCAUUGACGUCAAGAUCUCCGAGGCCAUCAUGAACAUGCAGGACAACAGCAUGCAGGUGUCUCAGAAGGUUUUCCAAGGAUGUGGACAGCCCAAGGUGUUGGCUCAAAGUCGGACGGCUCGCUCGGCCGCAGAAAGUAGCUUCAGUGCCCGCUUUAGACCCUACAACCGAGAGGAGCGACCGACCACAGCCGCCGGGACGAGCUUAGAUCGGCUGGUGACAGAUGUGAAGGAAAAACUGAAGCAAGCCAGGAAAUUCUGGUCAUCCCUUCCCAGUAACAUCUGUAGCAAUGAGAAAAUGGCCGCCGGGAGCACCAACGAGGAAGAGUGUUGGAACGGGAGCGAUAAAAGCAGGUAUGUCUUUGCCGUGACGGCGAAUGGCCUAGCUAACCAGGCAAACAACCCGGAAGUGAACGUUGACACUGCAAAACUGGACUUGGUCAUUCGCCGACAGAUCGUCGGCCUCCGAGAGAUGACGAAUAAAAUGAAGAACGCCUACAAUGGGAAUGACGUGGACUUUAUCGAUAUAAGUGAUGGAAGCAGUGGAGAAGAGAGCGGAAGUGGUUGUGACUCGCCGCAGUGUUCCCAAGAAUUUGUGUUCAACGCAACAGAAGUCACGCAGAAUAGCAACAAACUGGAUAAAAAACUGAACAGUUCGGCCAGCCGCAUGGACCUCUGCAAUGCAACGUUGCUGUUUAGCAUCCUCUUCUUCCUGAUCGGGCAGAGACAAUGGAGAUAACUGAGCCCAUGUUUUGGGGGUUUUUUUUGUUGUUUUUUGUUUAUUUUUUGUUUUUUCGACUUGCUGGAGAUAGGGGAAAGUGACUUUUAUUUUUUAAAAAAUAUAUAGUUAAAAGGCACCGGAUUUUGCUUUUAUACCAUCUGGUGACUUUGGGGGGUGGGUGGCUCCUUUGUAAGUUAAUGGACAACAGUGUACAGUUUUUAACGAUGUUGCCGCUGGUUUUAAUGAGGUUUUUCCUACUCUCUCUCAGUUUUUGGGGGAUGGGGAAAAAAAAAAAAGAACAAGGAUUUGGACCAGGUAAUCUGUUGGCUGAGACACCACAAUAAAUGUGGUUAACUUUUAAGUGUAUAUACAGGCUUGUAAUUAGCUGUGCUUUUGCGUUCUUGAUGGUUUUUAAAAUCAGUUUCCCUCGCCCGUGUGUUUCCUGCACCUUUGCUUUAACUUUAGCCUCGUCCCUACCAGACAUGCGAUUUCUCUCGCGAAAUGCCUCAAGGGUGACGACUCUCUUUUUUUUUGGAAAUUGCAAAGCGAUCUGUACAGAAACUGAAGUACUUUUAAAAAAAUUAUCCUAUUUCCCAGCCAGAGAAGGAAGUUGUCCGUAAAUGCAGCCAAAGUUGCUUUGUGUGGCUACGUUCCCACACAUAUCUGUUACAUUAGAUGCCUUAUCUAAAAGAGACGCAGAGUUAACUCUUUUGGGGGGGGUUUCUCUCGUUUUUAGAGCCAAAUGUGCAUUAUUGAAAACCUUAAUUUGUUUCCCUCUCCUGCUUUUCUCCAUGAGAACGAUCCGGCUACAUUUGAUGGAUUUUUAAAAACUGCUGUUGUUAGAUUAGAAGGAGAAAUUCCAUACUGGUUGCAACUAAUUAUUGGGGAUUAUUUGACACAUCGCCUACCAGUUCAUCAACUUUUCUGUUGUCUCAAUAUAGCUGGGAUUACCUGUUUACUACUGGUUAUCUAAAGAAUAAUCUGUGAAGGAAAUCUGGGAGAGAAAAAACAUAUUAGGGAAUUUUUCUCCCACCCAAAUAAAAGGUACAAAG